AUGCCUGCGAUCUCGAACGGAUACGGCACGACACGUGCGGUGGAAUUUCUCUCCGACGGUCUGACCAUUCGAGGCGUCUUACAGUUGCCCGAGGGUCAAGGGCCGUUUCCCCUUGUCGUCCUCGCCCAUGGUUUGGGCGGAUUGAAAGAGUGGUCUCUUCCCGACGUGGCUGCUGCUCUAGUCAAGGUUGGGAUCGCGGGACUCUCGUUCGACUAUCGAAACUUCGGCGACAGUGAGGGCACCCCGCGUGAAGAAGUAGCGCAUUACGGCCGCCUCCAGGACUGGCAAGACGCCAUCAGCUACGCAUCCAGUCUGCCCGAGGUCGACGCGCAGAGAAUUGGCGUCUGGGGCACUAGCUUAGGCGGCCGAGACGUGCUCGCCAUCUCAUGGAUGGACCGACGUAUUAAGGCCGUGGUUGCGCAGGCACCUCUAAUCAAAUGGACUCCUGUCUCGGCCUCCCGCAUGGCCGGCUACGGAGAUGACCUGGAGCGCUUUGAGCGCGAACUGGCCGAGGAUCGCAAGGACCGGGCCCUCGGAAAGGAGCCUCGCUACGUGCAGUUUGUUAAACCGACCGGCGACGACAUCAAAGGGGCGUUUAUCGGACAGCUGAGCGAGGCGGAGGCCAAGAACUAUACCGGCCGUCUCACGCUCCAGACCUACCAGCCAACCACCCUGGUCGACGUCACGCCGUUUGUCGAACUCAUCGCCCCGACGCCCGUGCACUUCAUCCUCGCAGACCAAGAUUUCUUGCCUGGCCAGAAGGAGGCCUACCAGGCCGCCAAAGAGCCUAAGUCGCUGGUCACCAUCCCGGGAAACCAUUUCUCGCCAUACCUGGAAUUGGAGUCGAAGCCACAGUCGAUCGCUGCCACCCAAGAUUUCUUCUCUAAAACCCGAGAUAGAUAUCGAGCGGUGUGGACACCUAAAGCAAUACCAUAG